GCAGCGCGAAACUUGUUGCGAGAAGCCGUCUCUUGUUGCGUGGAGGUGGUGCGGUUGUGUGGGUUUGCAUGUGCGUGCGCGCUUUAAUCUGCUUCCGGGGGAAGUGAUCAAGGAAGACGAGAGAUUGAUCCGGAAGUGUGCGUCACCUGUGUGUCAGACAGGGCCAUGUCGGAUAAAAAGCAACAUCCCUGCGAGCUCAACAACCUGAAAAGCGGCAGUGACGACGAAGGUCCGGUUGAAGAUGUGCAAGCACCACACAUGCCCGAGAGGGGACAGUGGACCGGCAAACUCGACUUUCUUAUGUCUUGCGUUGGCUACGCAAUAGGCCUGGGAAACGUCUGGAGGUUUCCCUACUUAUGCUACAAGAACGGAGGCGGAGCAUUCCUGGUUCCAUACCUGCUGACACUGUUCCUGGCGGGCAUUCCAACCUUUUUCCUCGAGACGUCUCUCGGGCAGUUCCUCAGCAUUGGCGGCCUCGGAGUUUGGAAGAUAUGCCCAAUCUUCAAAGGAGUGGGUUACGCAGCGGCGGUGAUGUCCUUCUGGCUGAACUCGUACUACAUCGUGGUGUUGGCCUGGUCCCUGUACUACAUCUACUCGGCCUUGUCGUCGGACGUCCCCUGGCGCUCGUGCGACAACUGGUGGAACACGCAAAACUGCCGCUCCGAGUACGAGCCAUUUAACUGCUCGGUGCAGCGGCCCGGUGGCGCCUGUCCCGAUCCCAGGUUCAUCAGGAGCCCCGUCAAAGAAUACUGGGAGGGCAAUGUGCUGCAGAUCACGGGAGGCCUGCACGAGCCCGGUGACCUACGCAUGCCGCUGGCCAUCACUCUCCUCAUAGCCUGGGUGCUGUGCUACUUCUGCAUCUGGAAAGGCGUCAAGUGGACGGGCAAGGUGGUCUACUUCACGGCGCUGUUCCCCUACCUCCUUCUCUUCAUCUUGCUGGUGCGCGGGCUCACGUUACCCGGCGCCUUUGAAGGCAUCAAGUUCUACGUCCUCCCGGACAUGAACAGGCUUUCCGAUUCGGUGGUUUGGAUUGAUGCUGCCACGCAGAUCUUCUUUUCGUACGGAUUAGGACUGGGUUCCCUUAUAGCACUAGGGAGCUACAACAAGUAUCACAACAACGUUUACAAGGACGCGCUGAUCGUCUCCUGCAUCAACAGCGGAACAUCUAUGUUCGCCGGCUUCGUCAUCUUCUCGGUGAUCGGUUUCAUGGCGCACUCGCAGGGCAAGGACAUUGCCGACGUCGCAGCCUCCGGUCCGGGCCUCGCGUUCCUGGCGUACCCGUCUGCGGUUCUGCAGCUGCCCAUAUCUCCGCUCUGGGCGGUGCUCUUCUUUCUCAUGAUUGUCAUGCUGGGACUGGACAGUCAGUUCUGUACACUGGAAGGCUUCAUCACUGCCGUUGUGGACGAGUGGCCCCGACUGCUCCGACCUCACAAGGAGAUCUUCAUCGCGAUCGUCUGUUUUGUCUCGUACCUCAUCGGACUCAGCUUCGUGACACAGGGUGGCAUGUAUGUGUUCCAGUUGUUUGAGUACUACGCUGCCAGUGGAUUUGCACUUCUAUUCCUGAUCUUCUUUGAAGUGGUCUCCAUAUCUUGGUCAUAUGGUGCUGAGCGGUACUACAAGAACCUCGAAGACAUGAUCGGCUACCGACCGUGCAGGUGGUGGAAGUUCUGCUGGGUCUUCCUGACACCAUGCGUCUGCUUUGGAGUGUUCGUGUUCAGCCUGGUGCAGUAUCGGCCGUUGAAGUACAUCGACUACGUGUACCCCUGGUGGGGCCAACUCGUUGGCUGGAUCCUUGCCCUCUCCACCAUGCUCUGCAUCCCUGGAUACGCUGUAUACAAGUUCAUCGUCACACCAGGGGACCUGCGCACGCGCUGCAAGGAGCUGUUCCGCCCGGACGUGGACAUCGCGACCGAGAUCCGAGCUCGCAAGCACCGAGAGAGGAGCAUCACAUCGACCGACGUCUGAGCGCGGCACGAACAUUCCGGUGGCAUCCUUCAAGCAUGACGAACGCUUUGCUGUCGACACCGGCGGCGUUGACGCGCGCCGGCGGAGAGCACUGCCUCUGCACGUGGCCGUUUUGCAUUUGUACUCCGUACUCAUUAAGACGCUCAAACAUUUGAUCAUGGCUCGUAACCGUCUUAAUUUCGGUGUUUAUAUCAACAUGGAGAGUGCUCGACUGUAGUCACUGUUUUACUUAAACGCAGCAUUUUUCGUGACCGCCUUAGCUAACACACAUUGCAAUUAUGUAUCAGGUGCGGUAAGUACAGAUUGGUCCCUUUUUCCACGAACAAAGUUCGAAGAUCGAUCCCGCAACAAUGGUAUUAAUUUGAUAACAUUCGCAGAAUGCGCACGUUACACGUUGGUGCCGGUACAGGCAUUUUGCGACCUGGCUCUUUCCGCUCUUCUCUCAGGAGACGCUGACGAUUUAAAUUUUUUCAUCACAGAUGCUGAGCAUAUAUCCUUUCGUGUACAGAGUUUAGCGUUUAAGAACUUCACUGCUAGGCUCCCCUAAAGAGGCGCUUCACGGACACCUGGAGAAGAAUUCCCUUCUCUGUUCACGCAAGUACCAAACAAAAAGGCUCGUGAAUGAGCGGUUGGCCUUCGUCAGACCCAUGGCCACGCGAAAUAUAUGUUUAUUUAUCUAUGAAAACAGUUGUCUCUUAUAACUGCUGAGACCAGAAGACCUGCGCAACCGUAACCGCUCUACGGGUAAGCGUAAUGCAUCAGCUAACGCAUGCGUGUGUAAGUAUCUGUGUUUUGUUCUUAGAUGAAGCCUAUCAAGAUGAGCCCGUGGGUGCAUCUAAGUGCUGUGCGCACUCCGUAGAUCGAAGUGUUGUCAUUUCGCCCGUUGUAGCCGCCACUUAGUCUUAUUAGACCAUGAUUAUAUGUUUGUGCUUCAUGGUCAUAAAUGUGUCGUCCCUUGCCAGCCUCUUCUAUAACACAGCAACCAAGAAAAAUGUUCCAUGUUCACCUCGCCAGGUUACACACUGACAUCUGAAUAUGUAAUCUUUUGGGUUGUUGGUAUUUCUGAGUGUUAGAUGCACAAUCAUUUCGCGCAAUUCAUCUCAGAUAUUGAGUAUACUGUACAGCCCGUUCACACCACGAAAGUCUUACAUGUACUCGAACGUCUGUAGCGUUGUAGAAAGCAUAAAUUCAUGUAUACAUCUUAGCUGUAGUCACUUCAGAUUUGACUUCCUGGUGUUUCCGCGUGUGACCUAGGUACUUUUUCACUGAAUGGCGACAUGCGCAUUAUCCUUCUGUGGUAAUGACAAGCACUUUCGGAUGCUGUAUAUGUUCUCACAGGAAACAUCGCAUCACUGUGUGGCUAGUAGAAUCAAUAUGUCACCCUCGCUUCCUGUAGUCAUGAACGCGCUGUAUUCAUGUAUUCCGAGCAUGAAAAAUAACAAAAUUUCAUUACUGGA